UUUCGACGGAAUACCUAUCAUACUUUUCUACAGGAGCAGUCGGUCGGUGCGGAAGGGCGUAGAGUUCUUGUUCGUCGAAAGAAUAUAUUUCAAACCGAGUGGGCCAACGUGUCAACAAUUACUGAAUUGCACUUUGAUUGCUGAAAUAAUCGAAUAGUUUUUUAUUACCGAAAUCGGACACAUCGCUGGCUUUUAAAACAAAGGCUUCAGGUGUUGGGGCUGAAAUGUUUGUCAGCGGCUUGGUUUCGGUGUUUUUAUUCUUUCAUGCAACAGGUGUAGAGGCCUUCAUGGUUACAACCAAAAAUCCAAAUGUGAGGGCUAAAGAGAAUGAGGGGGCUGAUCUUUACUGUACUCCCUCGGCUGAUUUUGGGGCAGAUGCCAGGGUGGAGUGGAAGUUUAGGGACAUGAAGGGUUCUACGACCUAUGUCAUUUUCGAUGGGAAACCCACCUCACAUUAUGAGGGCCGUGUCACCAAGUUUGAUGGGAUGCUGAGGUUCAGCAAGGUGACGCGCAAAGAUAACGGGCAGUAUCAAUGUGAGGUGUCGAACAAACAGUAUGUUGGGGAUGUCAACGUGAAUCUCACUGUUUUGGUACCUCCAUCCGUGCCCAUGUGUAGGAUCCCUACCUCUGUGACGACGGGGCAUCGCGUGCUACUGUCCUGUCAUGAUGCAGAGGGGUCUCCUUCCCCCACCUACAAGUGGUAUAAGGACAAGACCCCUCUUCCUGAGAACCCCAGCCAGUUCCCUGCCUACAAGAACUACACCUACAAGAUCAAUCCUCUCAAUGGCAACCUGGAGUUUCCCUCUGCUUUGGUGAUAGAUACAGGAGACUACAGCUGUGAAGCUAUGAACGAUGCCGGCCCUGUUCAACGCUGUCAAGCUGUGAGGAUGGAAGUCCGCAACAUCAACACUGGAGGUAUUGUUGCUGGGGUGAUCGUGGCUCUCCUGGCCCUGGCCCUGCUGUGCUUCGGAUUGUGGUACGCCCACCGCAAAGGAUACAUGCCCAAAAAGAGUGAAAGCAAACCCAAACCCUCAGUGGUCUACCAGCCAACAUCGGAGUCCGGCGAUGAGGAAGAUGGGGAAUUCAGACAGAAGUCUUCUUUCGUGGUAUAGCCAGGGCGUGCAACACAUGUCCCGGAUAUACCCAGGAGUCUACAGCAACUAGUGACUAUGGGUGCGUCCCAAUAACAUCUCCCCUUUCUCCUGAAGUGUGCUGUCGUUCACUCCUUCCUACACAUCUCAAAGCAUUGGGUUGUUGGAGGCAUGGGUUAGUGGGUGUUUCCACCGUAUUUCUUCUACCAGUGAAGGGAAGUGAACAAGUGCACACUUUGGGGGUAGAAGAGAUAAUUGGGACAUAGCCUAUAUAUGACAAUACCACUGCCCCUUAUACCUGCUCACUGUGGAUAGGUGUGAAUUGGUGUGGUUUGAUUUUUAACAUUUUUAUUCCAUAUGUUUCUAAAAACAACAUGAAUGUUUGAAUAUUUCUCUAACUGGCAGUUACCUACAUCUGUACUGUUUUGUGGUGACUGUAUAGAUUUGUAAAAAAUACUUCCGCUUAUACUUCAUAUUUUUCAAGUGCCUCCGCUCUGUGAAAUAAAUCUCGCAUUCAAGGAAAUGUAAUGGGGGGGGCUGGAAAUGAAUUGAUGAAAUCUUAAAGAACACUGGCCAUUCAUUUUCUAAUCCUAUUACUACAUGCCUUGUUUUCUUUUAUGGAUUUUCCCAUAUUGCAAAAUAUUCCCUACAGAGUGCGCUACUCUGGACCAGGGCUCGUACAGUAGUGCAUUGUGUAGGGUAUUUGGUGCAGUUGUGGUACACAUACCUUGUGUGUUACGUCUACUUUAAAUCCAUGCUUUCAGUGAGUUGUAAUGUGAAAUGUUUUGUUUACGAUAGAUACAGACAUGUGUUUGGCAUUGUGUUAGUAUUAGAAUCAAACUCCAUUGUGUUGUUAUUGCAUCUGUAGCUGGUCCCAGAUCUGUUUGUGCUGUCAUGACAACUCAUGAGGAGUUGUCAAGACACCAGGAACAGACUGGCAACCAGGCUUGUUGAGCUGCACAUGGUCUCUUUCGUUGUAAGUUUGAUCAGGUUCAGCAUUCCAAAGAAAUGAUAUUGUGCUCACAGAAAAAUCACACAAGGUGAUGAAUUCGAGUCAGGUUUAAGCAAUAUACAGUACCAGUCAAAAGUUUGGACACCACUCAUUCAAGGGUUUUUCUUUAUUUUGACUGUUUUCUACAUAGUAUAAUAAUAGUGACGACAUCAAAACUAUGAAACAACACAUGGAAUCAUGUAGUAACCAAAAAAAUGUUAAACAAAUCUAAAUAUAUUUUAUAAUUGACAUUCUUCAAAGUAGCCACCCUUUGCCUUGAUGACAGCCUUGCACACGCUUGGCAUUCUCUCAACCAGCUUCACCUGGAGUGCUUUUCCAACAGUCUUAAAGGAGUUCCCACAUAUACUGAGCACUUGUUAGCGGCUUUUCCUUCAGUCUGCAGUCCAACUCAUCCCAAACCAUCUCAAUUGGGUUAAAGUCGGGUGAUUGUGGAGGCCAGGUUAUCUGAUACAGCACUCGUCACUCUCCUUCUUGGUCAAGAGCCCUUACACAGCCUGGAGGUGUGGUGGGUCAUUAUCCUGUUGAAAAACAAUGAUAGUGCCACUAAGCGCAAACCAGAUGGGUUGGCGUAUGGCUGCAGAAUGCUAUGGUAGCCAUGCUGGUUAAGUGUGCCUUGAAUUCUAAAUAAAUCACAGUGUCAGCAGCAAAGCACCACCACAACGGUGGAAACCACACAUGUGGGGAUCAUUUGUUCACCUACUCUGCAUCUCACAAAGAUAAAGUGGUUGGAAAAAAUAUCUCAAAUUUGGACUCAUCAGAUCAAAUGUCCAUUGCUCGUGUUUCUUUGCCCAAUCAAGUCUCUUCUUCUUAUUGGUGUUCUUUUUAGUAGUGGUUUCUUUGCAGCAAUUCAACCAUGAAGGCCUGAUUCUCCUCUGAUGAGAUGUGUUUGUUACUUGAGCCUUGAAGUAUUUAUUUGGACUGCAAUUUCUGAGGCUGGUAACACUAACUUAUCCUCUGCAGCAGAGGUAACUUAGGGUCUUCGUUUCCUGAGGAAGACCCUUCAUGAGAGCCAGUUUCAUCAUAGUGAUGUUUUUUGCGACUGCACUUGAAGAAACGUUCUUAUUCCGCAUUGAAUUACUUUCAUGUCUUAAUGGAAUGAUGGACUGUUGUUUCUCUGCUUAUUUGAGCUGUUCUUGCCAUAAUAUGGACUUGGUCUUUUACCAAAUAGGGCUAUCGUCUGUAUACCACCCCUACCUUGUCACAACACAACUGAUUGGCUCUAAUGCAUUAAUUAGAAAUUCCACAAAUACAUUUUUAAGAAGGUUAAAAAUGAAGUGAAAUGCCUUCCAGGUGACCAACUUAUGAAUCUGGUUGAGAGAACGCCAAUAGUGUGCAAAGGGUACUUUGAGGAAUUUGAAAUAUAGCACUUAUUUGGUUACUACAUGAUUCCAUCUGUGUUAUUUGAUAGUUGUCUUCACUAUUAUUCUACAAUGUAGAAAAUAGUAAAAAAUAAAGAACCUUGGAAUGAAUAGUUGUCAACUUUUGACUGGUACUGUGUAUUUCUGAGAAUUUUGAGCUUGACACGUUACAUAAUAUGUAGAUUAGCAUAAUGCUUACACGGAGGACAUUGUCUCUGAAAGACUCAUUUCGUAAUACAAUUGCGCUUUCCAUAUAUUGACUGUGCAUAAUAUUAUUUAAUAAUAAAAUGUUAUUUGUUGACGUUAA